AUGGUGACGAGAGCCGUCAUCCCGCGCUUCCUGCUGCCGCUGCAGGGGCCGCUCUGGCGCGGCAUCCGGAUCCCGCUCUCGCAAAACGUCCACAUCCGCUUCGCGUCGACCGACAAGCCCAUUGUGCUCGAGAAGCCCGCGCGCUUCAACCCGCCGUCGCACGGCUCGCGGCUCAAGCGCAACGCCGUGCCCGGGCCCGCCCUCACCGAAGACGAGGUUGCCGCCCAGAGCAAGCGGAGCUACCCGGGCAUGAUGGCGCCCGAGGGAACGUGGGCGCACUGGUUCUGGCACAGCAGGCUGCUGCAUACGUUCAUCACCAUGGGCGCGCUGCUGGCCAUGGGCCUCUACACCUUCUUCAUGAACUACGCCUACAACUCCCCGUUCAAGGACCUCGUCCCGCCGAUAUCCGACCUGUGGCAGCACCCCGCCUACUUCUUCUCCCAGUGGAAGAACGUCAUCCUCAUGCACGAAAAGGACAAGGCCCUCAAGGCCGCCGAGCACCGCAACCGACACCUCGACGACGUCGCCAAGCGCAGGUACUUUAUGAAGAUGCACGGCAUCGAGGCCAAGGAUCCCGUCGCCAUGGUCUUUGGCAAGGACGAGCCCAAGUCGGAGGAGGCCCUCGAGGCGGCCGCCAUGGGACGCGAGCUGCCGGCCCAGCCCGAGGCGGGAGCUGAGGCGCCCGUUGAGCAGAAGAAGAAGUGGCUGGGCAUCUUUUGA